AUGCUUGGGUUCGAGAACUCUGGGAAGCUUUUGAGGCUGCUCCAUGGCGGAGAAGAAAGGACUAUUGAAGAGAUCGUGUCGGAUUUCAACACCAUAUUCCCUCCCUCUCUACGCUUCUACGCUUGCUUCGCUCUCGAGUUACUCUUAGACCCUAAGGAAAAAAUCCUCAAGCCAACUGAGCGGUUGAUCACCUUUUCAAUUAUUCAUCAGGCAUAUGUGUCCCAGCUGCCUUCUUCAAACCCUUUCAUUUCUAAGCUUGUGGAUGCAGCAUCUGAUGAGGAAGCUGAAAAAUAUGAAAGGGCAUUUAUUCUCCAAUUGUUAGGCUUGUCCAGCUCUAAAAGUAGUGGCGAGCUUCUCAAGCAGUCAGCAUCAGAUUACAUGAAAAAUUUUGACCUUUCAUCACAUUCUUUUGUGCAACGAGAGCAGUUGCAACAGCAAUAUUGUGGCACAACUCAGCCAGAACCUUUGAAGUGUUUGUUUAAGGACAACGGUGUUAAAAAUGUGAUACCCCACGCUGAUGUGCCCCCCAGAUGUGAUAGCGAUUCAUCUGAGUUUGACCUGCAACCUGGACUUAAACCUAAAAUUGGAUCCGGGGAUAGAGAUGAAACUGUAGCUGGAUUGCUGUCGUCUCUUUCAUUGGAGGGGUUAAGUCCUCAAUGGAUCAGGCCUAUCCCACCGAGGCUCCCAAUAAUGAAUGGAGAACUAUUGUGGCUCAACCCCGAUAUCAACCAUGAGCUGUUAUGGGACUAUGGAAUGUGCCUUGAUACUAGCAAAGGAGCUGCAGUUAGAGAUCUAAUCGCAAAAGCAUUGAAGGGGUCACUUUCUCCUCCCCAACAAGAGCAAGUUUUGGUGGAGUUAGCAAAUGACCCGAAGCUUGUAUAUCACUGUGGACUGACACCAAAAAAUCUUCCAGAUCUAGUGGAGAACAAUCCUGUGAUUGCCGUUGAAGUUCUCAUUAAAUUGGUCAAUUCACCUGAAAUUGCAGAAUACUUUACAGUUCUUGUUCAUAUGGAGAUGAGCCUUCAUUCCAUGGAAGUUGUGAACAGGCUGACAACUACAAUUGAACUUCCCACUGAGUUCCUUCAUACAUACAUUUCGAAUUGUAUUGCUGCUUGUCAGGGCAUCAAGGAUAGGUACAUGCAGAACAGACUUGUGAGACUUGUUUGUGUUUUCCUGCAAAGUUUGAUCCGGAACAAAAUCAUUAAUGUUCAUGACAUCUUUAUUGAAGUUCAAGCAUUCUGCAUUGAGUUCUCACGGAUUAGGGAAGCAGCAGGGUUGUUUAGGCUUCUGAAGACCUUGGAAUAG